UUCAUCAGAACAAACAGAGAGUGAUUUCACUUUCCCCCGUCGGUUAGUUUAGCAACUCAAAAUCUCUAGCUAUGAAAAUUGUAUCUGUUUGACAAAAGAAAAAUAACUAAAAACACCAGCAGAAGUACACUAGUUCACAGGUUUAACCCAGACCCAACCACAAAAGUACACACAGAGCGAAUCUAGCUGGGAUUAUCCGAGCACACACUCCAAAUGGGCGCCCAGUUGGCCGGCGAAAAGCGCGCCGAGGGGGGCGGCGCAGGACCAGAAACAGGACCACACCCACCGCAAAAGAGGGAUUCCACGACCAAGGGGACGGAAAAGUCGGAGCACGCGGAGAACGCGUUGCCGGGGCAGCCGCAGCAGGAACCGGAUGGACCACCGAUCCCCAAACAGGCGUAUCCACAACCGAUGCACGUUUCCAGACGCCUCACAAGAUCGCGCAGCGUCACCACAGAUAUCCAACGAAUGCCAACGGAGGCCAUUUACGCGGAAUUCGAUCGCCUGAUUCAGCAGGUGGAGAACCAUCUGGGGCCGUUGGCGAUGGAGGCACCGUGCUUGGAUGUGGCCGCCCGGCUGCAGAGCUGCCUCCAGGCGCACCGCCAGCGGUCGUGCAACUGCUUUGCGGCGAUGGAGGAGUACCGCCACUGCGUGGUGCGGGCCACACAGAAUCGCGUGGACGACUUGGCGGACAUGGAGCCGCCAAUGUUGCCGGUGGUGCCGCCCCAGGUGAUGCCGCCACCCGCUGUGCCGCCGCCAAAUGCGCGUGGCAACCGCAGGUGGUGGAAGUUUUGGACCUGGUUCCGCUAACGGGAUGCAGUUGUCCGAACGAAGCGUUGUCCGUUUCCACGCAGAAAAACACGAUGAUAGAGAAACGGCUUUAUUAAUUAAAAAUUAUAGGACUUGAAUCCAUUUUGCUAGUUUCCCCGGCUGCAGAUGUGACCAACAAGGAUGUCUACUUCAAGUGAAUUUUGACACAGGGACUGCUCGGAAAUUGAACGCGGCAGCGUUUCGUUCAGGUGUAAAUACAUAUUUAA